GCCUCCGAGCAUCCUCCGACACCCUCCCUCGCGUCUCGGUGCGGGGAGACUCCUCUUCGCGUCCUAACACUCGCAUCGCAGGUAGUAGAGCCGCGGAAGCGAGGGAUGUGGUAACACCUGUUCAAAAAAAAAUACUAAAAGUAUCCCCAGAUAGGAAACAGGAAGGAGGAGUUGGAGAGUGGAUAAUCACGUUAUAUUUUUAAAGAGAAGCAAGCUGCCUGUCCAAGGCAGAUAUGGGACUGGAGCUGUUUCGAGUAGCCGCGAUCGGGCUUUCGCAGCGCGGUUAAGCGACCGACUCGUCUGUAGCCCAUGAGGACGCACAAUGGCCAAACAGUACGAUGUGCUAUUCAGACUGCUACUGAUCGGAGACUCCGGGGUGGGCAAAACCUGUCUUCUCUGCCGGUUCACGGACAAUGAAUUCCACGCUUCACAUAUUUCCACUAUAGCAGCUGACUAGAGGUCACAGUGUUGACAAGAAGGGGGUAACACUGGGAGUCCUCGAAAUUGACUUCAGUCUCCAUGAAAUUUCAUGAUCAACCAACAGCAACGAAACCUCCCUCUGAUGGUCACUCUUGAUUAUCCUCCUCAGCUGAUGAAUCAGCACCCCUCCAUGUCAGACUACAUUUACAAAAAGAAAGUUGAAAGGGCAGAACUUGCUGGAAGUAAACAUAAGAUCAGCCUGUACCUGUGGGAAGAGUAAACAGGGUCAACAUGUCAGGAGUUGACUUCAAAAUGAAGACAAUAGAUGUGGAUGGAAUCAAGGUGCGAAUACAGAUUUGGGAUACUGCAGGACAGGAACGAUAUCAGACGAUCACAAAGCAGUACUACAGACGAGCCCAGGGAAUCUUUUUGGUAUAUGAUAUCACAAGUGAACGCUCCUUUCAACAUAUUAUGAAAUGGGCUAGUGAUGUUGAUGAGUAUGCACCAGAAGGGGUUCAGAAAAUUCUCAUAGCCAACAAAGCUGAUGACGAACAGAAAAGGCAAGUAGGUGUAAAACAAGGUCAAAAGCUUGCAAAAGAAUAUGGAAUGGAUUUCUUUGAAACAAGUGCCUGCACCAAUUAUAACAUUAAAGAGUCAUUUACUCGACUGACAGAGCUAGUGUUACAGGCCCACAAGAAGGAGCUUGACGGACUUCGACUGUCAAUUCCUGAUGAACUUGGCAUUGCUGAUUUAGAAGAAGAUGACAGCAAAACUGAAAAGAUGGAUAGUUCACAAAAAGCUUGCUGGUGCUAGAAGCAUAGCAAAGAUGAAGAAUCCAAUUUAGUUGUCUGAGUCAUGCCUCAAAAAUUCAAGACCUGGUUGCCUGCUCCUACAUUGUGUCAUCUUAAAUAUUCAUCUGAAUCCUGCCUCUUCCUUGAGUUGGACUAAUUCUUACAUUGAUUCUUAUAGGUGUUGUAUUUUUGUCCCAGCUCUGUGAUUCACCAAUCUCUUGGAUCAGGCUUGUCUGCUGUGCAUUUUGUACAGUUCCUGUGAUGUAGUUCAUGUUCAGGUCAUCGACUGAUGAUUCAAGUAACCUAGUUUUUACAAGACUGCUGUUUCAGUAUUUGGUUUGUUUGUGAAUGGCCCUUCCAAGUAAUGCAUUUCAAGAUCAGUCAACAUGCCAACUUCCUGAAAUAUCUCCAUUUGUGCAAUUAGUUUCUGCAAAAUGCUUUUAAUAUUUUUUGGUCAUGCUCAAUAAAAGUGUUCUGUUUGUCA